AUGCCCGACUUUCCUAUCACCCCGGAGGCGUUUCCGGCCAGCACGCGCACCGCCGCGGGCGAGGUAGAUGGCGUACACACGGACGUCAUGGUGGUGCGGUUCGCGGACAAGAUUAUGGUGACCAUCACUCAGGGUGGACGGCUGGCGCAUUGGGUUCAUGUUCCCCUCGACAACCCAACAGCCGACGCCUUCUCUAACGCCGCCCCGCCUACCUCCUUUGAAGAUGACGAGCCGGGACCCAACAACGACCUUCUACCCAUGGCGCAUCUGACAGCGACGACAGUGCUGGGCGGAACGAUCCCGGAGCGCGACACUGCAGGGCAGCUUGUCGCAGCACAGGUUGCUAGCACAAUCGCGACGAAAGAUUCGGAAGAGAAACGGCUGGUGGUUGUGGGGAUGGGAUUAGAGAAGAAAGACAUGAGCAGGGAAGCAUUUGUGGAUUUGGUGGGGUUGGUGAUGGGGUGCUUGUAG